GAAUUAGACAUUUCUUCUUUAGAACUUGGAAAACAAAUACGUGCAAGAAAAAUAUUAAAAUCGCGCAAUAUAUUUGCUAGUUUUAUAAAUAAUUAAACAAUAACCAUGUCUGUACUUGUGCAGUUAUGUUUUAUAACAGUCUGUCUUGUCGCAUGGGUCACAGCGUACGAGAAAUCCGAUAUAAUUUCGGCUAAAAUUGAGACAUGCAGAGGAUGUUCACUGAACCGCCUUCCGGAAGUGAAAAGUUUCGUGAUGGAAGACGCCCCUUUUUAUAACAAAUUGGACGUUAAAUUCAUUAACGGCGCUCCACCAGAGCUCAUUUUCCAGGGAAACGGUGACAAAGAACUGGAGCGAGUGGCGCUGUCCAGCCUUAGUCGCGAGGAGUGUAAUGAACUCCUGCUUAACGCAGGUUUCAGUAAGAAAACUAAGAAGGAAGAGUUUUAAACGUAAAUAAAUGUAUUUAGCAGUUUUUCAGACACCUAAUUAUGCAUUUAUAAAGUACUUUAUAUUUUAUUACCUACCUAAUUUACAUUUGUGCCGAAUUUUAAAAGUAGAUAAA